CAAGAACAUAGCAUUUGUCACCAGCUUCUAAGCAACUUCAGUGACACUACCAGGAAAGGUCUGUACUGGUCCAAAUGGCACGCAUCCCACAUGUGGCAUCUUUCAUCCUCUUUCUGACUAAGCUCAGCAUUGGCCAAAGACAAGUGACGGUUCAGAGAGGACCGCUGUUCAGAGCCGAGGGUUACCCUGUCAGCAUUGGCUGCAAUGUAACUGGCCACCGGGGGCCCUCUGAGCAGGAUUUCCAGUGGUCCAUUUACCUGCCACGGGCCCCAUCACAGGAAGUCCAGAUCGUCAGCACCAAGGAUGACACCUUCUCUUAUGCAUUGUACGCUCCGAGGGUGCAGAGGAAGGAAAUCUAUGUGGAGAGGGUCCGGGGCGAUUCAGUCUUUUUGCACAUCUCAGAGCUCCAGGUGAAGGAUGCGGGCAAGUAUGAGUGUCACACACCAAACACAGAUGGAAAAUACUAUGGGAAUUACAGUGCGAAGACAGAUCUAAUCGUUAUUCCAGAUACCCUCUCUGCCACCAUGAGGUCUCAGACUCUCAGUAAAGAGGAAGGUGAGCCGCUGGAACUUACCUGUGAGGUCUCCAGAGCCACAGCUCAACACACUCACCUCUCUGUCACCUGGUACCUGAUGCAAGACGGAGGAAGAAGCCAAGCCACCGAGAUUAUCUCCCUCUCCAAAGAUUUUACGUUGGUUCCUGGGCCCUCGUACACAGAGAGGUUUGCCGCAGGUGAUGUGAGGCUCGACAAGCUCGGGGCCACUAACUUCAGGCUGUCAGUAGGGAAACUCCAGCCCUCGGAUCAAGGCCAACUGUUCUGUGAGGCAACUGAGUGGAUUCAGGACCCAGAUGAAACCUGGACUCUUAUCGCUAAAAAGCAGACAGAUCAAACGACUCUGGGGGUUCAGCCUGCAGUGACAGAUUUUCAAGUCAACAUUACGGCCGAAAGUACGUUCACCGAAGGGAACCCCUUAGAACUGAUUUGCCUGGUAGUGGGCAGCGGCCGGGACCCACAGCUUCAGGGCAUUUGGUUCUUCAACGGCACUGAAAUUGCCCGCGUUGAUGCCGGUGGAGUCCUGGGCCUGAAGAAAGACUACAAAGAGAGAGCGAGUCAAGGGCAGCUCCAGGUUUCAAAGUUAAGCCCCAAGGCUUUCACGCUCAAGAUCUUCUCUGUGGGCCCGGAGGAUGAAGGAGCCUACAGAUGUGCAGUCACAGAGAUGGAGAGAGCUCAGAGGGGCUCCUGGCAGGCCCUUCAGCAAAAGCAGUCCCCAGACAGCCACGUGCACCUGAGGAAGCCGGCAGCAAGAAGUGUGGACGUGUCUACCAAGAACAAGCAGCAAGCAGUGUGGGAGGGAGAGGCAUUGACCCUUCUCUGCAGGGCAGGGGGAACUGAAAGCCCUCUGUCCGUGAGCUGGUGGCACAUCCCCCAGGACCAGACACAGCUGGAGUUUGUGGCUAGCAUGGGGCAGGAUGGCACUGUGCAGGUGGGAGCCUCCUACGGGGGACUCAGUAACCAUGCCAACAUAAGGCUGGAGAAAGUGGACUGGGUCACCUUCCAGCUGGAGAUUGCCUCCACUGCCAUCACAGACAGCGGGACAUAUGAAUGCAGAGUGUCUGAGAAGACCCGGAACCAGGCAAGAGAUCUGAGCUGGACUCAGAAGAUUUCAGUCACUGUAAAAUCUGUAGAAUCAAGUUUAAAAGUUAGUCUGAUGAGCCGUCAACCGCAAGUGAAAUUAACUGGCACUUUUGACCUGUCCUGCAUAGUGGGUGCUGGUUUCUCUGACCUCAAGGUCCCACUCACCGUGACAUGGCAGUUCCAGCCAGCUAGGUCUCAAGUCUUUCAUCAGCUUAUUCGAAUCACCUAUAAUGGCACCAUUGAAUGGGGGGACUUCCUGUCCCACUUCCAAAGGAAGACAAAGGUUUCCCGCUCUUCAUCUCAUUCUCAACUCCUAAUUCAUGAUGCCACCGAAGAAGAAGCUGGAGUGUAUCAGUGUAAAGUGCAAGCUUAUGACAGAAAUUCCCUAUGCACAGAUGGCCCCAUGAGGGCUUCUGCCAUCUCUUACCCCUUGAGGAUAGCUGUCAUUUUACCAGAGAGCAAACUAAAAGUGAAUUCAAGCAAUCAAGUUCAAGAAAUCUCCAUCAACUCCAAAACUGAAAUAGAAUGUAGCAUCUUGUCCCAGUCUACAGGAAACAUUCAGUUAGCCGUAAUUUGGUACUUUUCCCCCAUUUCCACUAAUGCAUCCUGGCUGAGGAUCCUGGAAAUGGAUCAAACCAAUGUUAUAAAAUAUGGGGAUGAAUUUCUUACUCCAAAGAGAAAAAAAAAAUUUCACACCGAGAAAGUUUCCCAAGACUUGUUUCAGCUGCACAUUCUAAAUGUGGAUGACAGUGAUCAGGGCAAAUAUCACUGCACUGUGGAGGAAUGGUUCCUGUCUAGAAACGGCACUUGGCGCAAGCUUGGAGAAAAGAAGUCUGGACCAACAGAAUUGAAACUCAGACCCACAGGAAGUAAGAUAUGUGUCUCCAAAGUGGACUGGAUAGAAAAUGCUACUGAGCAUGGAGAGGUGGCCAUCCACUGCAGCUUGGAGAGUUCAGGUGGCACAGCCUCCCUGUACUCUGUGAUGUGGUUCUGGAACAGAGAAAAUUCUGGAAAUAAAAUGCUGUUGCACCUGCAGCAUGAUGGCUUGCUGGAGUAUGGUGAAGAGGGGCUCAGAAAGCAUUUGCACUGUUAUCGUUCAUCCCCUACAGACUUUGUUCUGAAGCUCCAUCGGGUGGAGAUGAAGGAUGCUGGAAUGUACUGGUGCAAGGUAGCAGAAUGGCAGCUGCAUGGAAACCCAAGCAAGUGGGUCAGCCAAGCAUCAGAUGAAUCAGGAAAGAUGGCGCUCACAGUGCUGCCUUCAGAGCCCACAUUUCCUUCCAGGAUCUGCUCCUCGGCACCUCUACUCUAUUUCCUGUUCAUCUGCCCCUUUGUUAUGUUGAUUCUUCUGCUUGUUUCCCUCCUCUCCUUAUACUGGAAGGCCAGGAAGUUAUCAACACUGAAUUUAAGUACACGGAAAGAAGGGUCUCUCUGGGUGGACUUGAAAGGUAUUGGAGACCGAACCACAGACAGGAGUGGAGAGGAAGAUGACGAUGAAGGCAGUUGAGUCCUGGGAGGCGCCUGUAGCCUGAUGGGGAAAGGCGCCUAUAGCCUGACGUUUUCCAACUGGCCUGGCCAGGGUUGAGUGAAUCCUGGUUCUGUCCUUUACCAUGUCUUGGCCUUGAGCACAUUACCUAAGAAGCAGAGGGAACAUUUAUAAACACUGUUAAGUGUUUCUUUGUGUGUCACUUCCUCUAUCCCUUGCAUCUCCCCAUGGGAUAGGUAGUAUCCUCACCCCAUUUUACACUGACCGCAUCUCCUGCAAGUACCUCUGUACACAGCCCUGUGAGGACACGGUUUUCCCUGGAAACACUCGGAGUGGUCCAGUCACAAAGGCUCAAGCUCAUCUUUUUCCUCUUGAUAGGAGGUGUAGGAAAGGGCCUGAAGUUGCCAAGACAAAAAGAGUUGGGAACAUGCUCUUCAUUUACAUAAAAUCUGCCUUCCCAAUGAGAAUGUCACUUCCUUGAAGGCAGAAAUCCCAUUUCCGUCCCCACCCCAUCCACAAAUGCCCAUUCAGGAGCGAGCUUUGCAUUGUAAGUGCCUAAUCAAGUUCUUUGACAAAAUGAUGAAACAUUUUGUAGCCUGAAUGUUUUCUCUAUAGGAUGUAUUAUGUCAGUGCUGAGGGAAUUAAAUCAACGCUGAGAGAAAACGUUUUUUUUUUACUUUUUUAUUUCACAAGAAAAUGCUCCAGUCGGCCCCCUCCCCGCUCCUAGGUCCUGUGGCUCCCUCCCCUCCCCCUACCCAAGGCCCACCUGGCUCCUGUUUGUAGCCAGCGCUUUCUCUUUGACCUGACAACACCAGAUAGUAGAAAAGGAUUUUGUGAUAGUUCUUGGGGGGAAGGUUCUAGCAGGCAAACACUACGUCAAGUCUGGCUCCUCAGGAUCCCCUAUUCUCAGUCAGAAAAAGACCAGAGGAGCAUCAUACUUAAGGCUGUCAACAACUGCUCCCCCCACUCCCCACCCCAGGACAACAAUUGUCCCCCUGGGCCCAAGGUUCUCUCACCAUUGUCUCAAAAGCUGCUCAGGCCCUGUAAGCCAGAAUUGGAAGUCAAUCAGUG